ACGCCUCUCUGAGUGGAAAUGAAACAACCGGAGGGAGAGAGGAGCGGAGUUUCGGGGGAAGUUCAUGGUUACAGUGUUUCAUUUGUUUAUUAAAGCUGCUGAUUCUGCUACAUCUAACUUUCAGUGGAAGGCAGCUGCCGCCCGAACUCGCCGAGCAUGUUCCUGUCCAUCCUGCUCCUCCUGCUUCAGCCAGCAGAGGGCGCUAACUCCACACUGUCCUGCUAUGAUGAUCAAGGCAACACUGUUGACUGGUUCUACCUUUACAAACUCCCCCGUCCACAUGAAGCUCCCCGAGAGGAGGGUCUGAAGUACCUUCUGCUGGAGGAGAAGAGUGAAGGAUGGGUGGAUGGCAGCGUGUUUGUGGAAGACACUUCAGGGGCUCUGGGACGGACUGUUGGGCCACUCUAUGAGGAAGGUGAACUUGGGUACAUCCUGUACAAUGAUCAGCCUCCAGAAAAAGACCGUUUGGAAAAUGCACACAGGAGUGCAGGACACACCAAAGGUGUGGUCCUGUUUGAUGAUAAGCAGGGUUUCUGGCUGGUUCAUAGCACUCCACACUUUCCACCUCUCAAAACAGAAGGAAAAUUCUCCUACCCUGAGUCUGGGACCCAGAAUGGACAAAACUUUAUCUGUGUCACCUACCCUCUGGACCGCUUCGAGACUAUAGGUGAGCAGCUGAAAAUUAACCAGCCGCACGUCUACGACUGUCACAUCCCCGAGCCCCUGGCCUCCUCAGUGCCCUCCAUGGUUAAUCUGUGUAAAGAGAACCAACACAGGCGGAACAGCUCCAAUGCCCCACCCCCUUCCUACUCCUCAGCCAAUCGGAGCGUCUCCCUCCUCUCGCUGGGCGGGAAGGAGUUCAUCAGCUUUGCUAAAGGAGCUGCUUUUGAUAAUGACCUGUAUCACUCGUGGGUGGCUCCGGCGCUGCAGGCGGACCUGCUGGUUCAGUUUUGGCGUCGCUCCACCGGCAUCCUGGAGUCCGACUGCGACCCCUCCUACAAAGUCCUGAACAUUCAGCUGCUCUCCCCGGGCCAGAAGCUCACCUUCAAGUCCACGGAGGACCACUCGAAGUGGGCGGCGAGCGUGUCCGGAGACUGGGUGUGUGUGGGGGACAUUAACAGGAACGAGGCGGAGGAGAAGAGGGGCGGGGGAACGGUGUGCCAUAAGAACGCCGUGGUGUGGAAGGCGUAUCGGGCCACGGCGCUGCAGUGUGACUCUUGCAGCGGGGCGGUGGAGCAGUGUGAGACAGCCCUGCUGUAUUAACCAAUUAGGCCAGAAAUAAAGUCAAUCAAGUACAGUUAUAACCCUGUUAAUGCAGCGACAAUAACCUAGUUAUAACAUGGUUAACGCAGAGGAAAUAACCUAGUAAUAACAUGGUUAAUGCAGAAGCAAUAUUCUAGUUAUAACAGGGUUAAUGCAGAGGCAAUAAUGUAGUUAUAACAUGGUUAAUGCAGAGGUAAUAACCUAGUUAUAAGAGGGUUAAUGCAGAGGCAAUAAUCUAGUUAUAACACAGUUAAUGCAGAGGCAAAAUCCUAGUUAUAACAGGGUUAAUGCCUAUACAAUAACCUAGUUAUAACACGGUUAAUGCAGUUCAUCAUGUUCAUCAGUAGUUAUAAUACGUUUAAUGCAAGUACAGUUAUAACCCUGUUAAUGCAGAGGCAAUAAUCUAGUUAUAACACGGUCAAUGCCCAGACAAUAACCUAGUUAUAACAGGGUUACUGCAGAGGCAAUAAUCUAGUUAUAACAUGGUUAAUGCUAAGGCAAUAACUUAGUUAUAACAUGGUUAAUGAAUAACACAGUUAUAACCUGAUCAGUGUAGAGAUGAAUUAUCCCAGUUUUAAUCUAUUUUGCACAGGUGCAAAAACCCAUCCAUAACGAGCCAAGGCUAAUGCCAUAACCCAUACAGGUGCAUUGACCUAGUUAUAUCCCAUCCAGUUAUAAACUAGUUAAUUGUGUUGCAAAAACCUAGUUAUAGCCUAGUUAAUUCAGUUACAAUAACCUAGUUAUUACCCAGUCAAUGCUGGUUUAAUAACCCAGUCAUUAUCUAGUCAAUGCUGGUUCAAUACACCAGUAAUAACCAGUCCUUGCAAGUUUAGUAAAACUAUUCAGGAAUCAGUUAAUACUCUUGCAAAUAGUUUAUUUUUUAAGGAUUCCAUAUAACACCCACUGGUUUUAUUGCAUAUUUAUUAUGCAAUUGUUAAAACACUGAUGAUAACAAAAUCCCAUUUUGCCUGCGUGGGUUAAAUUCUGGCUCUGUUGAGAGAUAGAUAGGUUUACUUUGCAUAUGUUUAAUAAUAAUAAUGAUAUAGCAGACAGUGUUGGGAAUCUGUUGUGGGAUCAGGUGGUUUAUGGGUACACUGGUUUAUAAGUCAGGUCUAAAUUCUGAAUAGUCCUUUUUGGGAUUUUUAAGCUUUAUGUUUUAUUGCACUUUUAGUCUCCUGCUGUUUCUGAGAUUGUAUUUUUUAAUCAUAAACCAUGUAUGUGUUUUAUGUUGAACACUGGAGAUUUAUAAAGACUUGAUUUCCAUAUAUUUGUUAGACAUUAUUUAAUGGCACUGUGUGUGUAAGUUUACGUAGAAUUGUGUGUAACUUGGUACAAGUAAUAAGGCUAAUUAAUGAGGUGAGAUUAAUAAGCUUUUAUACAGUGUUAUUCGGCUUGUUUGCACAGUAAACAUCCUCCACUCCUGUAUCAGAUGGUUGCUGGGUUUUUGAGGAUGGUAGCUCUGUGUAUCUGAGGAUUGUAGAGGCACUUUUUUUCUUUUUUCAUUAAACUCCAGUCAGAUGAAUGGAGAGACUGUCACUGAUCUUCCCCCAGGCUUGUGAGCUGCAUGCUUAUGACACAAUGGAAGCUUUUAAACUCGCAUUACAGUAUCUCUGUGGAAAUGAAUAGUCUUUCCACACUAGUGCACACCUUUUUGAUACUAUCCAAUCUUUCACCAUUUCAGUAUUCAAAACUGAACUGAUUUUUUUUCUCUAUAAUCUCUAUAAUAAGUCGUUUUCAGAACCCAGACAGCAGUAAUGAGUCCUCCUAUAAAAUAAUGCUAAUAAUGUGCUGGAUAAACUGAAGAAGGUGAAGACUAGCAUGUACUUCUUCUUCUCAGUCACAUCAAACCAGUUCAAUAUCUUUAAAAUCUUUAACAACAUCACUGGGCAACUAAAUUCUUAUUAUGCUUGGAGGAGAAUACUAAUACAAAUUCUGUUAUGUCUGUGAUCUGGAAAAUCUGCCCCAAUGUUAAGAGUCAGCACUUAGACAGUUGCGCCACCCAAAACCUGGGUAUAUUUUUUAUGAUUAAGCGCAAACUUGCGUUAACUUGUCAUUUUGUUCAUUUUGAAACAAUAAACAUUCUGAUACAAAUGUUCAUAAGUGUCCAUAUUUGUCCCCACAUAGUUUAUACACCAACUGGGGGUAUAAGAAAGUAAUCAAUAUAUCAAAAGAAUACAAUUUUUUGUUUUGCAAUACUGUAUUGAUUUUCAAAUACACUGUAUUGAAUUGUGAUUAUUUUACAUGUAAAGAUUUUGUGUUAUGUUUAAACUCCUCUAGACAGCAGUGUUGUAAUCUGUUGGUAGCUCCCGCUGUUCUGAUUGGAAAAAAUGUAUCUUUACUUUUAUUCAGAUUUUUUAUACAUAUGAUACUGUUUUUUUUAGUAUGCCUGUUUUCCUAAAUUUUAUUUUAUUAACUGCAAUAUAUCAUACACAUGGGAAGUAAGGUCAAACAAAUUAUCAUGGUAUAUAAAAAAAAUUAACAAUACUCUCUUUGCAGCAGCUUCUGGGUUAAACUGGACCAUAGUAGCUUCAUUUCUUCCCAGUAUCAGAGUAACAGAGCUGAGCUCUUGUGCUUUAAUGUGAUGGAAAUGUAAAUUGUUUAUAAUUAAAUGUGUGAACUGCA